GAGGAAACUGAAGUGUCACGAAGGCUGCCUAAGGGCAAGCAGUUCCAUGGUACCUAUUGAAGGCCGGGAUUGAGGAUAACAGCACGUAUUCGGCACAGCACCCUCGAGGACAAAGCCCGUCAAGAGAGCCAGCGCUCCCGCUUUCCAAGAGGCUUUGGGGCCAUAAUGGAGGACUUCAACACAGAGUCUGACAGUGACUAUACGAGCUUCUGGAGAGAUUGGUUUAUAUCGUCUCGAGGAAAUGAAUACUUUUGCGAAAUCGACGAAGAAUAUCUUACCGAUCGUUUCAACUUGACGGGAUUGAACACCGAAGUGGAUUUCUAUCAAUAUGCCUUGGAUCUAGUCACGGAUGUGUUCGACUUGGACGCCGACGACGAGACUAGAGAACAGAUUGAGAAGAACGCGAGACAUCUGUACGGCAUGGUGCAUGCUCGAUACAUAGUCACGACCCGUGGAUUAGCAAAAAUGCUAGAGAAAUAUAAAAGAGCAGACUUCGGGAAAUGCCCACGAGUUAUGUGUGAGCAACACCCGCUUCUCCCAAUGGGCCUCACCGACGUUGCUGGCGUGAAGCCGGUUAAGCUAUACUGCGCCAAGUGCGAGGAUUUAUACAACCCCAAGUCGUCCCGCCAUGCUUCCAUCGACGGUGCCUAUUUUGGAACUUCCUUUCACAAUAUACUCUUUCAGGUUUACCCGUGUUUAAUACCGGAGAAGUCCCUGCGGCGAUACGAGCCCAAAGUAUUUGGAUUCCGGGUUCAUGCCAGUGCUGCAUUGGCGAGGUGGCAGGAUAGAAAGAGGGAUGAGAUGAAGGAGAGGCUAAAAAGAAUUGGGAUGGAAACUCAAUUCAUCGAGGAUAAAGAAGAAGACGACGAUGACGAUGACGAUGAUGAUAUUGGGGAUGACGGCAUGGCGCUGGGUGCUCGAAGAGGGAAAACCGCUGCGGAUGAUAGCCGGAUGGACAUUGGCGCAUAA